UUCAGUCAAGUGGAAACACAAAGAAGAAGAAGAAUGUCUAAUAUAAAAGAAGUUUGAAAGCAUUUCUUCAAAAUUGCGAAUGUUUUCUCAAGUUUUUGUUCUGAAUGAAAGAGGAGACUCGCUUAUUUUUCGCAAGUACCGGGGAGAUGUCGAGGGCAACAGUACAGAGGUCUUCUACAAUAGAAUAAGGACGACCAGGGACAGUCAGCCACCAUGCUUUAAUAUAAAUGGCGUCCACUAUAUUUAUAUACACACUGCUGGACUUUACUUUGUACUGAACACAAAAAAACAAGUUUCUCCUAACUUUGUUCUGGAGUUCUUACAAAGAUUUGCUGCCAUAUGCAAAGAUUAUUGUGGAACACUAAAUGAGAACUCCAUCCAGCAGAAUUUUGUUCUCAUUUAUGAAAUAUUAGAUGAAGUAUUGAACUAUGGCUACAUCCAAGAAACUAGCACCCAAGCCCUAAAGCCAUUUAUUCACACUCAGCCGAAGAUUAUAGAACCUUACAAUAAAGCAGCCCAGUUUUCAAGUGGGAAUUUGUUUGGAAUUGAUAAAUUACACAUCAGUGGGGAUCCUUCGAAGAGAUCAGUUGUACAACAUGAUCAGGUUAUGAUACCAAAGAAAGGUGAAAUAUUUUCUGAUAUUGUUGAACAACUGCUUGUACAAAUUGACGAGAAGGGAAACGUCAUUCGUUCAGAAAUCAUUGGAAGUGUUACAGUGAGAAGUUUCUUGCCGGACGGAUGCGUGUUGCAGUUUUCAUUCUCAGAGAACCUGUACAGGCUACACCAACAUAAUGGUUCUGGCCUACGACUGGAAGAUUACACUUUUCAUCCGUCUGUGAGUUGCGAGGAUUUCGAGGACAGUGGAAAGUUGUCUGUCAUAUCUCAGCUCGGCGAGCAUUUCGAACAAUGUUUUCAGUUAAGGGUAAUGAAUUACAGAAUGUCUGGUAACGCUAGUGUUGAAAGUUUUCCUUUUAAUGUGAAAGUGAUUCCUGAGGAUUCUGAUUCUUCAAGAAUUAAGAGCGUAUGUUUACAAAUACGAUGCAGUAUUUCUUCUGAAAAAUACGCUCACCAUAUUGAAGUUCACUUUUCAACUCCUCGAGAUACGGAAAGCGUGUCAUGUCCGGGUCAAGAUGUUGAGUUUUCAAAGGAAACUGGAGUUGCGAUUUGGCGCAUAUCGCAAUGUCAAGGUGGUUCGACUAUGAGGGCCCUUCUUAAGCUGCAUGGAGAAUUUGAGGAGAAUUUCGACUGGAAUCGUGAAUUGAAAUCAGUAAAUUUGUGCUUUGAGAUUCCUUCGUAUCUGUAUUCGAAAGCGAAAGUGAGAUCAUUAAGAGUUUUCGGGGGAUCAGGAAGGAUAGAAAUCACAAGUAAAUGGAAUCGAUACAUUACUUAUAGUGAUUCGUUCAUGACACGAUGGUAGCUGUUUUACGAGGAUCGGAAUUUUCCUCACCAAGAGAAAAAGUGAAAGCGUUGCUGUUUGGAAUAAACGUUUUGACGUUGAAUUUCUCAACUAUAUCCUCGGUUCUUAUUUUCAGAUUAUGCUUGCAAAGUAAAUAUUUAAUUCAUAGUAAAUUAGCAACACGACGAUAAAAUCGGGUGGCGUGUUGCCCACCCUAAACACUACACAAAGCCAGAUUUCCUCAUCUUCGUGACUUGUGGAAUGGGCUGGCUAAAGGUGUGCGGGCAUUCUCAAUAAAUAUACAAACUUUACCACGAUUAGUCUUGUAUUAAAUUUAUUAAUGGUAAACACAGGAACCACUUUUCUAAAACAUA